AUGACAAAGCACAAAGUAUUGAUCCCAAUCCACCCUGACAAGUGCGAUUUAGCAGACCAUUUACCAGAAUUCAAAAAGUUCCAACAAACUUUUGAUGUCCACAUCGAAGUGUUAACCACUAGUGAAAAUUUCAUCCACGCGCUAAAGACCAAAUAUAAUGAUAUCGCUGCCGUCUGGGCAACUUCUUCCCUAUACAAAUUAGGAGGAUUGAAUCCCUUUAUUGAUUACCUUCCAGACACUGUUAAAGUUGUGGCGUUUCCAUGGGUCGGGCAUAAUGCAUUUGAUGGUAAAAAAUUGAAAGAAAGAGGCAUCAUUUUGGCAAAUAUUGGUGAUAGUCCAUCUAAAGAUGUUGCUGAUAUCGCAUUAUUGUUAACUUUGGCUACUUUUAGAUAUAGUUCUUAUUUGGAACAUGCUCUAAGGACUAGUGAUGCUAGUAUCUCUGAAGCUAGAGAUUCAUUCGGUAGUGAUUCAUUUGAUCCUAAAACUGGGGAACCAAUCCCACCAGAGGAUAUAAAGCAUAAGAACCUUGCAAAGAAAUUAACAAUUGGUGGUAAAACUUUGGAUUCUCCUGCUAAUAAAGUUGCCGGUUUAGUGGGUCUUGGAAGUAUAGGGAAAGAAAUUGCUAAAAGAUUGGAUGCUAUAGGUAUGUCCAUUAAAUAUACUAAAAGAACUCCAUUGAAACCAGAGGAAGAAGAGGCAUUACCAUUCAAGGCAGAAUUUUAUUCAAGCUUUGAAGAAUUGAUUCCUCAUGUCGAUUUAUUAGUUAUUGCUGUUCCUCAUAGCGAAUCUACAAUCAAUUUAAUUAAUAAAGAUUCAGUCAAAUUGCUUAAAAAGAAUGUUAGAAUUGUCAAUAUCGGAAGAGGUACUGCAAUUGAUGAAGAUAUAUUAUUGGAAGCAUUAGAUGAUGGUACUGUUAAUUCAGUUGGGUUAGAUGUUUUCCAAAAUGAACCAAAGAUUGACAAGAGAUUUUUAAAUAGAUGGGAUGUCGUAAUUUUACCACACAUUGGUUCUUUUACUGUUGAUAAUUUUAGAGAUGCAAACAUUAGAGUCAUUGAAAAUAUUGAAGAUGUUUUAUUACAUGAUGGACCAAGUUUAUCACCAGUUAACUAA